AUGGCCGUCUUCGACCCGUCAGGCCUAACCCCCGACAGCCUGGUGAGCCUUGGACUUUGGACUCUCGGAUCUGCCGUCGUCUCCUCCCUAAUCUUCUGCAUCUACAAUCUAUGGCUACACCCAUUGUCCAAAUUCCCGGGGCCCAAAAUCGCAGCGAUUGCCCCUUUUUGGGCCAUGCGCCACUGGCUCUCAGGUGACAAUCUCUGGAGGAUCAAAGAGCUGCACCAACGAUACGGGCCGGUUGUGCGGAUCUCGCCCAACCAACUGUCCUUCUGCAGCAGUGCCAGCUGGAAGGACAUUCAUGGCCACAAACCAGGCAGCGCCCACCACAAGACGUUCCUCAAGGGAAGCUUCUAUGAGCCAUUCCCCGAAGAUCUGCACCAGAUUGUCUCGGAGUCGGACCCGGGUCGGCACGCAGCCAUGAGGAAGUCACUUAGCCACGGCUUUUCGGCCAGCGCGUUGGGAUCCCAGGAAGACCGCGUUCAGUAUUUUGUCAACCUCCUCAUUACCCAGAUUGGCCGGCGGUACACUCGGGCACCCGGGGACAUGAGCAAAUGGUACAACUAUGCGACCUUUGACGUGAUUGGUGAGCUGGCCUUUGGAGAAUCACAUUACUGGAUUGACAUCCUCUUUGCCUCGAUCAAGAACAUGAAUUUUAUGCGAUCGUUCGAGUACUCACCCUUUUUGCGAUCAAUCCUCCGAGCCGCCCUUGAUAUGAAACUUUUGCCUGCCCGAGUAUAUGCCCUCCGGGCUAAGAUGAACAACUAUGCCAGCGAGAAGUUGACGCAGAGACUUACAAGCCCACCUACCCGAGUCGACUUCCUCCAGCGGAUGAUUUCGGAGCGCAAAGAAUGGACAGGCUUGGAGUUCGAAAAAUUGCGGUCCCAAGCCAUUCUUUUGACUGUUGCAGGCAGUGAGACAACGGCGACGGCGCUGUCGGGCAUCACGUAUUACCUCUGUCGAAAUCCGAGAGUGUACUCCAAACUCACGACCGAGAUCCGUACUGCUUUUACCGACUACGACCAAAUCACUGGUCGAGCGACGGAAGUCAACCUUCCGUACCUAAAAGCCGUCAUUGACGAAGGAUUGCGAUUGUAUCCGCCCAUCGCCGCCGGUCUGCCGAGGAUCAGUCCCGGCGAGACGGUGGAUGGCUGGUAUGUUCCAAAGGGGACGAUUGUCUCGGUCAACCCCUGGGUGGCUGGCCACAUCGAGAUGAAUUUCCAUGAUCCCUUUGACUUUAUUCCGGAGCGAUGGCUCGACCCCGAAUGUAAGGAUGACCGGGCCGCCAGUCAGCCUUUUUUGUUAGGGAGUCGAGUUUGUUUGGGGCGGCAUCUCGCCCUAUUGGAGCUCCGGCUGAUCCUGGCCAAGAUCCUCUGGUCUUUCGACAUGGAGCUCCAAGACGACGAUCUGGACUGGGAUCAAGCGAAUAAAAAUUACGUCUUUUGGGAGAAGCCGGCGCUUCCGAUUCUGUUCAAGAGGGCGAGGGAUAUCACUCAAUAG